UCCAAUCUCUUAUAUCCUGUUAUAUCCGCACACUCAUCUGAUCAGGUUGUAACGGCUGGGAGACCAUCAAAACACUAAACAUAUAUAUCUGAAAAAAUGUCAGGACGAAGGAAAAAAGAUAAGAAUAAAUUAUUGCAGAGACGACCUCGGCAUGUUCUUAACAAGGAGCAGAUGUAUCAUCAAAGAAGGGAUAGAGAAUCGGAAGAAUCGGAUAAAGAGAACGAUGAGACAACAGAACCGACAAACAAAUGGUCGUUACCCUUUCGCGUGGCAAUGUGGGACGUGCAACACUGCGAUCCCAAAAAAUGCACCGGCAGGAAAUUAGUGAGGCAAAAUAUGAUCAAGAUACUUCGCCUGGGCGCCCGUUUUCCAGGAUUGUGUCUCACUCCGAUCGGUGACAAGUGCGUAACCCCGAGUGAUCGAGAUAUCGUGGAGAGGUUUGGCUGUGCUGUUGUUGAUUGUAGUUGGGCGCGCAUUGACGACACUCCUUUUGGCAAAAUGAAAACGCCGCAUCCUCGUAUACUGCCGUUUCUGGUCGCUGCCAAUCCGGUCAAUUUUGGAAAACCAUGUAAAUUGAGUUGUGUGGAGGCUAUUGCGGCUACUUUAAUUAUAACAGGAUUUCCUGACGAGGCGAGACUUUAUCUCGACAAGUUUCGAUGGGGUCACGCAUUCUUAAACUUAAAUGGCGAAUUACUGGAGAAGUAUGCUUGUUGCGCAAAUGUGGAAGAAGUGGUAGCGGUACAAGAAAAGUUUCUGAAGGAUGCCUGGCAAGAGAAAAUAGACAGACUUGCACUUCCAGAUUUCCCAGAAACUGAUACCGAAACCGAAUCUGAAGAAGAGGACGAAGAAGUAGAGAAAAGUGCAGAAGUAUCGGAAGUAACCGAAGUAACCGAAAUAACCGAAGUAACCGAAAAAUUAGAUAAUGAGUUGAAUAUAACAUAGAAGACGACGCGCGCAUGUACAGAUAUCUUUAAACAUUUUGUAUACAUUUGUUGACAUUUUAUUGACAUUGAAAGAUUUUUCAUAUACUUUCUUUGAUUUGUUUGUAGAAGUACUAAGAGCAGAAAUAAAAUACAUAAAAAAAAUGUA